AUGUGGGCGGACAAACGACAUCAGUCCCGCCUCUACGCAUACAGACCCCGUUUUCGAAGACGGUUCCUCGUGCUAGCCUUUAUAGCCAUUUGCUAUAUUUUCUUCAUAUAUUUUCCGGAACCUGAGUUACCGACAAAGAGAACACAGGAUUUCACCAGUCCGAGCAAACUCGCGCCCGAGUACGAGGAGGAAUUUCCCAAGUUUGUGCAUACUUCGCCGUUCCGGAAGGAUCCGGAUCUCGAAUAUGAAGCUAGAAUAGAUGCUAUGCUGCAGGAGGUUGAGCACACCGCGCUCGCAGAGAAUGGGGGAGACUAUAGUACCAGAGAUCGCAUCUGGCAGAUCAUGCCGGAGGUGAAGGAUCGAGGGUCAGAUUCGAAGAUGUUGCAGGACAAAAACGACGGUUGGGAAUAUACGCCCGCAACAGAUGAAUGGGCUGCCGCCUUCGUUGCCAAUACACUAUCGAAAGCGCCGGAAAUCGCAACCAUAUACCAAGCAUAUCCAUACAAUGUCCUUCGCGCAGAUCUUCUUCGCUACCUAGUGCUAUGGUACUACGGCGGCUUCUACGCAGACAUGGACGCCUUUCCUGCACGAGCCAUCAAGCACUGCCCACCGCUUGGUCCCCUCUUUACCGCAGAAACCAACAACCGCCCUAACGUCUCGUUCAUCGUAGGCGUUGAAAUCGACGAGCCUUACGUUGCGCCAAAAUUUAUGCGCAAAUGGCACUGGAGCAGACCAUACGAAUUUAUUCAGUACACCAUGUAUGCACCGCGCCGCUUCAGCCCGAUCCUUCGAAAGACUAUCGUCCGCGUUCUCGCGCAUAGUAGACAGCACAUGGACCGGUGGACCAUCAUCCCACCACGAUACGACGAACCCACAGUCCUGGAAAUCAGUGGCCCCGGCGUCGUUACAGACGCCAUCAUCGACAGUCUCUCAGAGACACUACCCCCGACACAUCUGCUGGUCAACCUAUCCGUUGAAGCGGACGAGGGGGUUGGCGAUUUGCUCUCGUCCUCAGGCGCGACGCAGAGACGGGUAACAUGGGUGCCGUUCCAUAACAUAAAGGAGCCUGUAUAUAUUGAUGCAUCAGAGGCUGCGGAAGGAAAGUCCAUGGGUGGACUAGGUGUGCUGCCCGUUAGUGCCUGGGGGAAUGGGCAGAGGCAUAGUAAUGCGGAGGGAUUCCGAGGGCCGAACGUCUGUAUAAAUCAUCGGUUUGGGGGGUCUUGGAAGAUUAAUUGGUGGCAUCGCAUGUUUGGUUAG